CCAGCAAUUACUUCCUUCUUUUAUUUUACCAAAACAGAGGAAAAACAAAGCAAAAAAGAUUUGAGAGAUGGAGGAAGCAAAGGCAAUGGCUCAUCAUCAACAGCAGCAGCAGCAGCAGCAAUUUCUCUUACAAAAACAGCAACAACAACAACAACAGCAACAACAACAACAAUUUCUUCUCCUACAACAACUUCAAAAACAAGCCCAACAAAACCAACAACAGCAGCAGCAGCAACAAGCUAUUUCUAGGUUCCCUUCAAACAUAGAUGCCCAUUUACGUACUACUCCUGGUGUUAUUCAUCAUCGUCCCAUUAACAUCCAACAAAACCCUAAUUCUACCCCCAUUCCUAACCCUAACCCUAACCCUAACCUUAAUUCCUCCCCUAAUUUACAACAACAACAACAACAACAACAACAACAGCAACAACAAACGCCACAACCACAGCCGCCGCCGCAGCAACAGCAACCAAACCAACAGCAGAAGCAGAUCCGACCCUUGAAUCAAGCGGAGCUCCAGAUGGCUUAUCAGGAUGCCUGGCGUGUUUGUCACCCAGAUUUCAAGCGGCCUUUUUCUUCCCUUGAAGAUGCCUGUGAGAGGUUACUACCUUACCAUGUAGUAGCAGACUAUGAAGCAGAGGAGGAUGAUAAAAUUCUUGAUUCAGACACAACUGGCCAGAUGCCAUCUCGCUCCCAGCAGUGGGAUAACAACAUUGCUGCUAAAGUUGCAGAGUUCACAGCCACAUUUGAGAAACAGGCUCUUGCCUUCAAUAUAAUAUCUCGCAAACGAGGUGUGGGGGAAUUCCGAUCCGAGGAAAGGCUGAUGAUUGAGCAAGCUCUUCUCCAAGAAGAGAAGAAAGCGUUGCUUGAUUUGAGAGCAGAAAUAGAAUCUAGGGAGAAGGCUGGCCGAGAGGCUCAUGAGGCUAAGUUGAGAAUGGCAGCAAUGGUUCAGGCAGAGCAAGCUCGAGCUGAAUCACAAGCUCAUGCUGAACUAAUGGCUCGAGGACCUAUAAGGGCAAAUGCACUUGGGUCUCAAGGAAACAACCUUGCAAUUGGUCAUGACAUUCGGGAGCAGCCUCAGGGUGUAAACCCUGAUGAGAUGAUGAAUGGAUGGGGUAGCAGUGCACAGAGGGAUGAAAAGGAACCAUCUGAAGAUUUCUUGAACGAUGAGGAGACUGAAAAUGGAGAUACAAGUGUGCAGAAUGACUGGCGCGAAGUUGGGGAGUUUGAUUUGAACAGUAGAUAAGUCAUGAAGUGCAUUUGGUAUCUCCGUUUCCAUUAAUCUCUUUUUGCCUCAUUUGUAAAAGAAAACACGUAGUGAAGGCAUACAAGGACAGUUUCAUUAUGCUCACCAUUUUUGUUCUGCACUGACGGCUUUGGUUCACCCUGGUAAAUGUUGUGUACACUCAGUCACCCAGUCCCAAACCAAAUGGGCAUAUUCAAAGCAGAUCACUUUGUUUACUUUUUGUGCAAGACAACUAUGAACUAAGCCGAUAAGAUAGAUUUUGAUAGGUAAGGCGUAAGGGAACUUGGAAAUGGACCUCAAGAAUGGCAUGUGCUUUGAAUGUCAAGAAGCAAAUGGUCGUGCAUUGGAAUAUAUUUACAUUCACCAACUUGAUUUUA